AUGUCUGCAAAUCCUAUUGGUGAGAAAUUUUCAGCACCUGUUCCACAGGCAUUAGGUGCUCGAGAAUUUAUGAUAGAACGACUGAUUCUUAGAGAUAAUACGCGUGAAUUAUUACGUCAGAAUGGUCAAGAGGAAGCAAUUGAAAAUGAUUUAAUUACACUCAGUGAAUGUGAAUGUCGAAUGAAUGUUUAUGAUCCCACUAAAUGUAAAUGUCACGCUUGUGAAGGACAUUUUCUUCUGGCACAAUUUUAUUAUGAUACAGAACAAUAUGAUAAAGCAUGGAGAUGGUAUUCAAAAAUUCAACAUGCUGACCUAAGAGCAUUCUAUCAACUUGCUGUUAUGUGUUUUGAAGGAGAAGCACCAAAAGAUUGUACUCCAAAAGAUGCUUAUCAAAUGAUGCUUGAAAUAACAUCGAAAGAAAAAGAUCCACACAGUUUUUUAAUACCGUAUGCAGAAUUUCAUUUAGGUAAAGCAUUUUUUCAAGGCUAUGGUGUAGAACAAUCUGACGAAAAAGCUGAAAGCUGGUGGUUAUUGGCAGCUCGUGAUGAUAGACAUGAAGCAGUAAUAGAAGCUCAAACAGCUCUUGCUUUUUUUUAUUCAAGAAAAAAUACAGAUGCCUAUAAUUUAAAUAAAACAUUGUAUUGGCAUAAUCAAGCAUCAAGAAAUGGAUCACUUGAAAGUCUCGGAGCAAUGGGUGCUAUGAAUUUAUUUGGUAUUGGCACCAGUAAAGAUAUUAAUCAAGCUAUUGAUUGUUUACGACAAGCAUCUGAACGAGGAAAUAUUUAUGCUAUAGGCCUUCUUGUUUAUGCUUAUUAUACGAGAAAAUUAUUCACAAAAGCUACAGAUUUAGCAAAAAGAGUAUCUGCCUUGAAUGAUAUUAAUGAAUUAUCACGAGCAUCAUGUUGUCUACCACAAUAUAUUUGCAAAGGUAUUGCUAUAGCAUCAUUUAUUCUUGGUAGAUGUCUUGAACUUGGUCAUGGUAUAAAAAAAGAUUCUAAUCAAGCUAUCAUGAUGUACAAAAAGAGCUUCCGAUAUGAUCCCGAUGCGUGUCAAUUGUUACAAGAUUACUUAACACAUGAAAAGAUUUGA